CGAAACUUGGCACUCGACUUCAUUUCCUGAUUCUAUGGAUCGAUGAGUGUUUGACAAGAGGGAACCGGCGAUGUCAUCAACAAGGAAUCAUAGCGACCAUCUUGUGUCUGCCUCACAUUAGGAGCUGUACACAUGCAUGUUUGUCAUUGUCUACAAAAGUCUGGUGAUAAAACAUCCAAGUCACCAUGUUUAGUCGCCUUGUGAAGUACACCAAGGGUGACGCCUACCAGGAUUUAGACGCAAGCCAAGGGGAGAGGAUUGACAUGGACAUCACUGACCCUGCGAUGAGGGAGUUUGCGGGUUUGACCCCUACAGGAAGUAGCAGUGGCGAAUUCUCCCAUGUUGGAGAGGGAGGCAUACUAGACAUGCAUCAGCGAAGAGGCACAGGGUCUACAAUAGAACCGUCAGAAGAAACCUACACCAUACAACAAGCAAUUGACAACAUUGGAUUUGGAAAGUUCCAGAUCAAGCUCUCCAUCCUCACGGGAUUUGCUUGGAUGGCCGAUGCCAUGGAGAUGAUGAUACUCGCUAUUUUGUCUCCAGCCCUUCACUGUGAAUGGCAGCUAGAGAGCUGGCAACAGGCCCUUAUCACCACGAUUGUAUUUUGUGGGAUGUUCUGUAGUUCCAGUUUCUGGGGUAGUGUGUGUGACAAAUAUGGACGUAGAUCUGAGCUGAUUCUGUGUUCUGUGUUCACCUGCUACUUCGGAAUCCUCAGUGCAUUCUCGCCAACUUUUAUAUGGAUGUUGAUCCUGAGAGGACUUGUUGGCUUCGGUAUAGGGGGCGCUCCACAAUCUGUAACCCUGUACGCGGAGUUCCUACCAUCCUCCUCCAGAGCUAGAUGUGUGGUGUUGGUUGAGAUAUUCUGGGCUAUUGGUGCUUGUUUGGGGGAGUUGGGAAAUUUAAAUGAAGGGGCUACAAACAGAGGCAGUAUAAAAGACCUUUUUAUUCCUGAGUUAAGAAAAACUACGAUACUUUUAUGGGUUAUUUGGUUUGUGUCAGCGUUCUCCUACUAUGGUAUUGUUCUGAUGACUACAGAAUUAUUUGAGAUCUCAGAUGGUUGUCAUGGGUCUGAAAUUAAGGCCAAGGCUCCAUGUUUCCUCAAGUGUAACGGCCUCAAUACAGGAGACUACAUAGAUCUCACCUGGACCACUUUCGCAGAGUUCCCAGGACUUUUUGUUACUGUGGUGGUGAUAGAGAAGAUUGGAAGGAAAUUCACAAUGGCUAUGGAAUUCUUUGUCUUCACGGUUUUUGUUUUAUUUUCUAAUAUAUGUACAUCAAGGCCUGUACUGACCUUCUUCCUUUUUGUAGCCAGAGCCUUUAUAUCUGGGGCCUUUCAGGCAGCAUAUGUUUACACACCAGAGGUAUAUCCCACCUCAAUGAGAGCAAUAGGAUUGGGUUGCUGCAGUGCUAUGGCCAGGGUAGGAGCUAUCAUCACACCGUUUAUAGCACAGGUGUUGCUGAGGUCAUCAUCGUAUACAGCCAUCUCCACAUACGGUGUGAUAGCCUUGGUAGCCACGGGUGUGUCUGUGUUGUUACCCAUAGAAACUAAGGGGAGAGAGAUGAAGGACACAAGCCAUGAAGUCCAGAACACUUCUUCCAAAUGAGAGGUGAUGUGUGUAUCAUCAUCUGAUCUUCUAGAUUCUGCAUCGUGUCUGUAUGCCCUGUAAGCAGCCAGCCUGUGUGUAUUAAGUAUAGAGGGUGGGCAUGUUGUACAUGUCUAUAGGGAAGCCACAGGCCUGUGUGUAUUUAGUAUAGAGGGUGGGCAUGUUGUACAUGUCUAUAGGGAAGCCACAGGCCUGUGUGUAUUUAGUAAAGAGGGUGGGCGUGUUGUACAUGUCUGUAUGCCCACUGAAGUCACAGGCCGGUGUGUAUUUAGUAUAGAGGGUGGGCGUGUUGUACAUGUCUGUAUGCCCACUGAAGUCACAGGCCUGUGUGUAUUUAGUAAAGAGGGUGGGCGUGUUGUACAUGUCUGUAUGCCCACUGAAGUCACAGGCCGGUGUGUAUUUAGUAUAGAGGGUGGGCGUGUUGUACAUGUCUGUAUGCUCACUGAAGUCACAGGCCGGUGUGUAUUUAGUAUAGAGGGUGGGCACGUUGUAAAUAUAUGUAGUGAAGCCUGAGGCAUAUUUGUAUUUGAUAUAGAAGGUGGAAUGUCUUUGCAAAACCAACUUGUUCUUUUAUUUUAAGUUUGUCUGCCAGAAGGGUUAAUGAGGUAAUGUCUCUCGUCAUGACUGUGCCCACCUUUUAUACAAAAUUAAACACUGGACGCUUCACUGGUUUAUUUGAAUAUAAAUUGAUUUAUGUUGUUUUGUUCCCACCUAAGAAGGGGCAUUGAUCAGUUAGUAAGAGGUAUAAUGUUUAUCUCUGAAGUACAUGGAUAGAUUGAGUGGCGAGUGCGUGUAGUGUUUACGGUGUAUAAGGUUUGUAGUGUUGUAGAAUAUUACUGUGCUCAUUACGUGCUGUGAUUUUAUGGGUAGAGAUGUUAUAUGUACUAUUAGACUAUAUAUAUAAAUGUAAUUUUCGUAGGUAUCAUUGGUAGAGGUCCUAGGAGUUAUAUUUUAUAUAAAAUCUCCAUCACAAAUCAACUUUUUACACAUGGCUAUACAUUCCAUAUUUAACAAUUUUAAUUAAAUUUAUUGAUUUGUUUAUAUUUUCAAUUUCUGGUAUUUCUGAAAACACUUUGGAAAACUACUUAUUACAUUGCUAUGGUUACUCUGCUUAGAAUCUAUAUUGUUUUUUAAGUGCAAAUCCAUGCCUAAUUGUAACUUAGAUACCAUAAAUCAUCACAGAAGGGGGUUGGGGGUGGAAGCUGAGAAACAGACUGGUCUGAUGUGGUUGUGUCUUCUGGGGCACGAUGUCCCUGGAUGUUCACUCCAGUUAAAUCAUGUUGAAGCAACUGUUAACUAGGUCGUUUAAGUUUAACAUGUAAAUGAAUCAGGAAUGAAGUUUAUUAAAUGUAAGGAAAAUUGCCACAACAAAAGAACCAUAUUUUCCUGUAUUAUCAUAAGCCCAGUAGAUCAACGUGUAAAAUUUUACUGAAUGUAGGGGAUGGGUGUAUUUCAAUUUAUUUACAUUUUCCCUGAACUGCAAUGGACAUGGCUGAUUGAUCACAAGGCACAGACUUAUUGCUGGAUGAUAUGGUAACUAUAAUCUGGUACAAAGUUUUCGGCUGAGAUGAUAUAAAUGUUUGAAAUGUUUUCCAUUGCCUAUUCUGCCAAAUCUCAUUGAUUUGUGUUUUAAAAAUUCAAAGUGUAUUUAGAAACUGCCUUUUUUCUCGAAGUCUUCCUAAAGUAAUUGUUGUAUUUCCAAAGCAUGUGUUUAUUUUUAAUAACAGUUAAUCCUGUAAUCACCAUACUUAUCAGCACCUCUUUAUAUUUUCACUAUUAAAAAUUAUUAACUGGACAGUAUGCAUCUCCUCGGAUAAUGUUCAUAUAUUAAGAAAAUAUGUGCACACUUUCAAACAAAUAGUUUCCAAGGUUUGAUAUUCUAAUUUAAAGUGAUAAACAUUUAUGAACAUUUAUGAAAAUAUUUUUUUAGACAAACAAUUUGAUGUAUUUAAUCAAUAAUAUAUUAUGGUGGUUUAGAAACCUGUACAUACCAUUAGUUAGUAGCUAUAGGCUACUCUAGUUAAUGGUAUACAUUGUAAUCAGUAGUAUAGCAACAUGCUGUAAACAUACUGAUUUUAGUGAUGAAAACAUUUACGUGAUUUCUGUACUGAAUUUAAAGCUAAGUUAUGAUGUAAAUGCAAAAAAAAAAAAAAACCCAAUAAAUGUCCUAGAUUGAUGUACUGUAAAUGUGGACACGAGGGGGAAAUUUACACUAAAUGUGUGCAUGAUGGCCAUUCGUCCGCAAAACUUUCCCCAAUGCGUAUUAUUUUGUGAUGUAUUUGGCAUAUAUGGAACAGGUGCAAAAGCAAAAAGGUACAUCAAUCAUGGAAAUAAACCCCACAUAUAGUUUACCUUUCUAAAUCACAAAAUUAAACCCUGCAGAAGUAAACAUGCUGACAGUUUGUAGCACUACUACGGUACAUAUUUGGCAUGGAAUUUGUAAAUUGUAGCUGAACUGUGAUGAGUUUACAGAUUAAAUAUUUGUAGUUUCUGAUGUUGUGUAGGUAUAUAUACAGGUAUUAGAUGAUAUUUGAAACUGUUGUAGAAUCUAUUAUUAUAUCAUGACGAAAAUGGCUGUUUGCAAUGUAACAGAAAGAUUGUUCUAUGUAUGCUGUUAUAAUAUAAUUGAUCAUGUAUAUAUUUCCUAACUAGUAGUAUUUAUUGAAGACAUGUUUGUUUAAAACUUAUCAUCUUUGGCAUGGAAUCUCAUUUACAUGUUAAUUUGUUUGAAUGUCAGCGACUGCAAUAUCAUGUGAUAGGGGACAUAACUCUCUUUGUCACAAUUUAGAAUACAGGGGCAUGUUGGUUUAUUAAUUCCAACAUUUCAUGCAUAAUAUUGACUGAUCUGUAUCAAUUAAUACAGGCCUUGAAAGUCUUUGUCAAGGUUUGUCCAAAAGCAACAUAGAAUCACUGGGCCCAUAAUUGUUUUAUAAGCAAACAACAUUAACACCGGUCCAACUGUUUGGACUGCAAUAAAUGAAAAUGGCCCCAGGUAAACAAUGCAGUCAGUGUCAUUUGAACUCUUGAAACUGAUGUCUUUUCAGAAAAUGGUCAUGUGAUGUCAUAUUGCUGAUCAUGUGACAAUGUACCGUGCAAUAUAACUUUUUUUGUAGUAUUAAAUAGCAGAAAAUAGUUUAUAUCGGUAUACAGUGUAUUUAAAACAAAAACUGUACAUUAUGUUAUAAAUAUAUACUGGUAUAUGUGAAUGUGUCUUUAUGUACAUUAUUCUUUUAAAUGAGUAAUGGAUCGGAUCUCUUACGUCUCCUGAAAAACAUCCAGUUAAAUUGGUUGAAUGGAAAAUAAAUUUUAUGUGAUAUGUGGUUCGUUUGAAUUGUACAUUUUUUGGUACACAGGUGUUCAUCUUUAGAAAUACCACACAAGUAUAUUUGUUCUAGAACCUGAUGCCUGCUAAUGACAGUGUAUUCCCAUCUCAUAAUCAGAGGGUUGAUUUUGUUUUUACUUAUACGAAAUGUGAAAUAUGUUUUUGCAAGAUUAGAUAUUUGUCUUCACUCACAAAUUAAGGUGUCUCAUUCCAUUGAUCCCAUUGCGCUCUCGAGUGGACUGUUAUUGAACAUCAUCACAUAAAAACAGUUUUUUAUUUGCAGAGUUAAAAGUUGUAAAUCUUAACAUAUCUAUCAAAUUGUGAUUUUUAAUGGGUAUCUUCAUAUUCAUAUACAUGUAUAUAUCCUUUCAUUUAAAAAAAAUAAUUUAAUACCUGAUAGUUAUUCUGUUUGGUUUAUUAAGACAAGAAGUGGUUUAUUAAGACGAGAAGUGGCUUGGUAGAUUUGGUUUAUUCAGUCAAGAAGUGGCGUGGUAGGUUUGGUUUAUUCAGUCAACAAGUGGCCUGGUUUAUGAAGUCGAGCGAUGGCCUGGUAGAUUUGGUUUAUGAAGUCGAGCGAUGGCCUGGUAGGUUUGGUUUAAGAAGUCGAGCGAUGGCCUGGUAGGUUUGGUUUAUGAAGUCAAGUGGUGGUCAGGUUGGUUUGGUUUAUGAAGUCGAGCAAUGGCCUGGUAGAUUUGGUUUAUGAAGUCGAGCGAUGGCCUGGUAAAUUUGGUUUACGAAGUCGAGCGAUGGCCUGGUAGGUUUGGUUUAUGAAGUCGAGCGAUGGCCUGGUAGGUUUGGUUUAUGAAGUCGAGCGAUGGCCUGGUAGAUUUGGUUUAUGAAGUCAAGUGGUGGUCAGGUUGGUUUGGUUUAUGAAGUCGAGCAAUGGCCUGGUAGAUUUGGUUUAUGAAGUCGAGCGAUGGCCUGGUAAAUUUGGUUUAUGAAGUCGAGCGAUGGCCUGGUAGAUUUGAUUUAUGAAGUCGAGCGAUGGCCUGGUAGGUUUGGUUUAUGAAGUCGAGCGAUGGCCUGGUAGGUUUGGUUUAUGAAGUCUAACGAUGGCCUAGUAGAUUUGGUUUAUGAAGUCAAGUGGUGGUCAGGUUGGUUUUUUUUCAUUUCUACUUUCAAUACUUUCAGAUUAUAUUUCUAGCCACUUUGGCCGACUUUGUUAUCCAACAUUCCAUGACAUUAUCAGGCGAUAUUAGAUUUUGUUGAUAUUUUUUGUUCAGUCCUUUUUGACUUUGAAAAUUUUAUUUAUUUUUACAUUUAAUAGUUGUCUUAUAUAUUUUGAUGGUUUGCUACAUUUAAUACCUGUUGAAUUCUUUUCAUUUACUCUUAAUUUUGCCAUAAAAAAAAUAAUGUCCAAAACUGAAAACCUAUCCAAUAUGUCAAAUAUAUAAUUCAUGUUUUUAAAUGCUGGUCACAAAACUACAACAACUCCUAUUGUCUUUGGUGUUCCAUUUUCUGACUAAAGAUCCACUGUAUGCAUAAUUGUUUGUGUGAUGUUAAUGGUGUUAGGUACCGGGGUAUAUCAUUACGUCUUUAUCCUGUAAUCAGCACAGAAGACCACAAAUUAUCUCGGAGUAGGACCAGGACUUAUUACAGAAAAAUAAUAUAGUUUGAGUCUUAUGGCAGGUUGAUAUAGUAAUAUCUACUGAACUGUAAUAGGUAUCGGUGGACUUAUGGUCAAAUGUGGACUUAUUGUCAGAUAAAUAGGUCAUUGUCUUGGUUUUAUUUUGGUACAGCCUACCAAGGUAUUUCUAUAUACCGUAUAUAUACACAUACUUUUCCGACAAUAAGACCAUGCCUGGUAAUAAGCCCACCGUGAAAAACAGUACAGUGGGAAAAAAAUACAUACAGGAUGUACUUUAUCUUAGUGCAAUAAGACUAUCUAUACAGACUUUAUGUGAUAACCCCCUGGUCUAUAACAAUAACAAUACAGACACACUCAGUACACAUUAUCUCAGAUUUGUUAAUGAUUUCAGAUACUGUGAUAUAUAACAAGGAUUGGAUUUUUGAGAGUAAUUUGUGGAUUUUUGAGAGUAAUUUGUGAAAAAAAAACUAACUUGUGAGAAUGUGAAUGUUACUAAUAUGUUUGUCCCCAGGUAAGGGUUUUUAUUUAUAGAUAUGUAUGUAUUAGCUAAAGAUGUUGUUCCAUUGUAAAAUAUCUGUCCUCAAUGUUAAUGAUUUCCUUCGUUGAUUUGAGGACAGAAUUGUCUGCAUAUGUGAAAGAAAAUAAUUGUAACAAAUUGUUGAUUACAAAGCAAGUUGUAUCAAAAAUUAACAAGUUAAUAAAAACCUGUGAAAUAUUUUUUACAACUGGUAGCUAGAUGUAAAUUUCACCUUGUAUUACUGAAUCCACUGUUUCACCAAUUAAAAUAUCUUAUAUUCACACAAUAAACAAGGAUUUUGUGGAUUGUUAACAGACCAGAAAUAUGUCUUGAUGAAAUUCCUGAAGAACAAUCAUGAAAGCUGGUGAAACAGUUAAGUGAUAUACAGGACAUCAUGAAAUGGAUUUUAGAAUGAUAGCGGUUAUACAACAGUUUGAUAUUUGAAUUAUUUUUACUCCACUUUGCUGAUAAUUAGCAUCAUAUUUACCAGAUCUCUGAAUUCUAGUGACAAAAUAUUAGAAUGUCUGUAGUAAUUUGAUGUCCAUUGUUAUAUCACAACUUACUGAUUUCUGUAUAUUCUAAAAUACAUACUUCUGUUUUUUUUAAUCUAUUUGAUAUUGAACAAUUUUACUGGUGCAUAACCAAACUUUUUCAAAUUUAAAUGAAACACAUUUUGGUAAAGAAAAAUUCCAGACAUCAGUUGAAUACAAUUUUAAAGAUGAGUAAGUGUACAUUCAUACUGUUGUAUCUAGCUUACAGAAUUUAUGUUGUAAACAUAUCUAUGGUCAAAAUGAUUGCUUUUAAGUAAAUCUAUAUUAUCUGAAUGUUUUGUUUUGAUGUAUAAAAUCUUUCUCAUCCAAGUGUUUGUAGAAAUUCUCUGUUACUAAAAUGUUUGUUUUGUGUGUGUUGAUUGGAACCGUAUGAUAAACAUCUAUUGUCAAACUAAACUCCAGAACAAUGCGAGGAAAUUCCACAAUAAAAUUGUGCAGAAGCUUAA